AGCCACGUAUGUAGCCUAGAAAGGAAACAGAAACAAGCAGCUCUGAAACUCACGGCGGCCAUGGCCAUCCUGGGCGCCCUGAAGCUCGCCCCGUGUCCACCCGCCCUCGCCGGCGCCGCGCCACCGGCGACGUCUUCGCCCGCGCGCUCCUCGGUGCACUUCCACCUCGCCAAUGCCGGCGCUGCCGCGCUCGUCGCCGCCUCGCUCCUCGUCGCCGACCCCGCCGUGGCAUUCAUUGGAGGAGGUCCGUACGGGAAGCAGGUGACGCGGGGGCAGGACCUCACCGGCAAGGACUUCAGCGGCCUCACGCUCAUCAAGCAGGACUUCAAGACGUCUAUACUGAGGCAGGCGAACUUCAAAGGCGCGAACCUGCUCGGCGCAAGUUUCUUCGACGCAGACCUCACAAGCGCUGAUCUCUCUGAUGCUGAUCUUCGAGGCGCCGAUUUCUCGCUAGCGAAUUUAACAAAGACAAACUUAUCAAAUGCCAACUUGGAAGGGGCACUUGUCACAGGAAACACUUCUUUCAAAGGUGCCAACAUAACUGGGGCAGAUUUUACCGAUGUCCCACUUCGAGACGAUCAACGGGAAUACCUCUGCAAAAUCGCUGACGGAGUGAAUUCAACCACUGGGAACCCCACAAAGGAGACUCUGUUCUGCAGCUGAUCGAUGGAAGACCUGACCCUGUGACUUGUGAGACUUAUAACUUAUAUAUUCGACGUCUUGCAAAAAAAAAAAAAAACUGUAUCUUCUGCUGUAAGCACGCAAGAAAUGUAAAUUGAGUUAUAGAGAAGGAUGCCGGCCAGAAAUAAUAACCGUAAUUACAUGUAAAUCAACGAACAAUAGAAGUGCUGCGUUUGCUCUUUAUGUGCAAGUGACUGUUUACUUGGUCAUAUAUGGAUUAACGGUGGACUCUCAAGUUCCAAACAUUGCCACAUUUGGUA